CCCCCUCCGGCCCCGGUGCCUCUUUCAGCUGCGGGCUGGGCGGCUGCGGGAGGCGAGCGGGGCGGGUCCCUUCUCCCCUGGGGCCGCCAAGCUCAGCAGCUUGUCAUGCGAGGCUCCCCCGGAUCCGGAUUAUUCCUCGGGGGCCUGGAGAGUUGCUGCUUCCUUUGAUGGCAGAACAACAACCCCGCAGGGUGGACCUCUCGGCCCAGCUCAACCUCACCCAGGGAGCUUCCAUGCCUAGGGAUGGCCUGCCCUGCCGUCUCUCGGCUUCUGUAUUCCCUGGUAUCCAAAAGAGGGGUCCUUUUUUCCCUGGAAGCCAUGGGCAGGGAGGUGGAGAGCUUCCCCGUGGCAACUAUGGCUACAGGCAUCACCAUCACCACCAGGUGGCUCUGCAUUCUGGAAUGCCUGGCCCUGGCGCUCUUCUACCCCAGGAGCUCCUUCACCGGUCACCUCUCUGGUAUCCUGCUUGGGCUGGCUCUAUCCAGCACCGACCUGCUCUGCCAGAUCAUCUGAUGGAUGCGCCCCCCCCUCUUCCCAGCUCUGGGAAACUCCUUCACUUUCUGAGGGUCCUGAGAAUCUGGCAGCAGGGACGACCGCGAGUCAAAAGAGCCCAACCAGAUCUUCCGGCAGGCCUGCGGAGGGGAUCCGAACGAGAGGAAAUGGUUACAAAUCACGAUCCCUGUGCAGAUUCUCAACCAUGCAGGUCACGGGGGCCCCAAAGGUGUUUUUUCCACAAAAGGCAGCCAGAGUCUAGUGUGUUGCCUUUUGGAAAAAGCUCCUUAAUCAGGACUCCGCUGGUCUUUUAGGAAGCAAACUCGUUUAAUAAAAGGGUGGAACCAAUCCAAAUUAUUUGGAUU